AUGGUAGUAGCAUUCUUCUGACUUGUUCAGAGUAUGCCAUAACUAUCUUGGUUCUCAUUUUUUUCUUUAUUCAGGUGUCUUGUCCUUCAAUAAAGAACAUCCUCUUGCUGGAUUCUGAAGGAAAACGUGUGGCUGUCAAGUACUUCUCAGAUGACUGGGCAACACUCAAUGCAAAACUGGCAUUUGAGAAAUCGGUUUUUACAAAAACUCAGAAGACAAAUGCCCGCACAGAAGGUGACACUUCACUGUUUAUGUCUUUUUUGCUCUGAAAUUUACAUAUUUAUGUUUACCUGCGUACUUUCCCUCAUUUUUUGUCAUGUUCAAAAUAAUUGGCAUGUAUGUGGUGAUUUGUUAAUAUUUCAAGACUUUGGGUUUUUCUCAUCAGAAAAUAAUUAGAAUGUUUACAGUUGGUUCCUAAAUCCCUUGGUUUAGGUGUACUUUUAGUUAUAUACGUCAGCAGUUAGAUGUUGUGCGUUUUUAGUUGGCCGUUAUGGCAUCAUGUAUUGGUUGCAUGAACAUUGCAAAGCGUUCAACUUUUAGGAGAAUUUCUGUUUCUAACGUGCCCAUCUAUUCUUUUGGAUUCUUUACCGUGUGACAGAGUUUCGUUUCCGGACAUAGAUCAUUCUCUCGAUUGAAGAAGGCAAAUUACAUUUUGAUGGGAGAAACUCAAUCUUUAAUAAUCUCAAUUUCUUUCAUGAUUAUACAGUGCUGUUAUUUCAUGGCCGAAAGAACCUUCAUGUGAUCUAAAUUUCUUGCGAUGUUAUGUUGUGAUGUAUCUCACACCACAGCACUACGUUACCCAUCCCCUCCAUUUCAUAAUAUGCUUGGCAGAUCCUUCCUGUAUUCAAUACUAUACUGAUUAUGUUUUUAUUUUAUGCUAAAUUUCAACGGAUUUGAAGAAUAUUUCGGGCCCCACAUGGAUGCGAUCCUCUAGAUGUACUCGAGUUAUGCAAUAAGUAAAGAUGAACCCGGAAGAACGGUCAUGCUCUUGAUGAAUGCUUUGACCUAAUAACAAGUUAGAUUUUGCACUAUUCAAACCAGGAGAUUUGGGGGAAACCAAGACUGUGUAGUUUGUUGUAGGGUAGAGCUGGUUACGAACCCCAAGAGGAGUUUCGCCAUAGAAUCACGAUGAAAUCACAUUGAUGAUUGAUCAAUUAUCUGACUGUUAAUAACCACAGAACCCAAUAAGGAGAAAGCUGCAGCAGUAACUAUGCAUGCAUAUGUACUUGGAAUAUUUUGAGCCCCAUAGAUCGACAUCGCUUCAUGACAUUCGAUGAAUCGGUUUCUAUAUGAUCACAUGAUCAUCAGGUGGGGACUGGAAGAGUUAUUUAAGCCUCAUCUCCCAGAAAAAGUCAGUGUUGAUAGCAGAAAAAGCUCUAAAACAGGAGAGAUUUAACUGUCCGGUUUCACAAGGAUCAAAGUAAAUUUGUGAGAAGCAGAUCAUUUAUUUAUUUGUUUAUUUAUUUAUUUGGCAAUAUGAUGUUAUCCUGCUGCGGAAUCCUAAACCGCAUCAUGAGCAGGCUCAUUUUUCAUGCAUCGUUCAUCUGUUGCUUUCUGAUAGAAGAACCCAUUUGCCCUUUUGCAGCCGAGAUAACCAUGUUUGAUAAUUACAUCAUCGUCUAUAAGUUCAUCCACGAUCUGCAUUUCUUUGUCACCGGCGGAGACGAAGAAAACGAGCUGAUCUUGGCCACUGUUCUUCAAGGAUUCUUCGACUCCGUCGGGCUUCUCCUCAGGUAACAUCUUAGAUCGUGUGAUCUUCAGAUUUUUAUUUUUUUUAAUGGCUUUCUUCAUUGCUCACCACACACAUCCUCUUCAGGGGCGACGUGGAGAAGAGAACAGCUCUUGAGAACCUGGAUUUGAUUCUUCUUUGUAUCGACGAAAUCGUCGAUGGAGGGUACGUAUGCCUCGUUCAUGCAAUCAUUACCACUUUUAGCAAAGUUCUUGCGCAGAAACCGCUGAUGAAUCAAAAAUGAUCAUAAAUAAAGAUCAAAUGGCCUGUCUCCCAGAAGAAACUGCGAAGAAAUUCGCCUGCUCUCUGAUCUGCAUGUAAUCACGGAUCGGUCGUCUUGAACCUUUGCAGGAUCAUACUGGAAACAGAUGCGAACGCCAUCGCUGGGAAGGUGGCGACGAACAGCGUGGAUGGCACGGUCCCCUUCUCCGAACUGGUAAACCUCCUCACCUCCAUUACCCAUCUUCAUAUGGCUCCUUGCUCCAUUUUAUUCAUGUGCUCUUCCUUUCCCCUCCCCAGACCGUCUCUCAGGCGCUCGCCACAGCCAGAGAACACCUCGCCCGAUCUCUUCUGAAGUAA